AGUGUUUCCUUCCGUGUGUUAUCAGUGUGUGCCUGCUGCACCAUUUAUCCAGAAACGAAACCUCAUUAUGUAUUACCUUAUGAGUGACCACUAGCUAGACCUCCUGCAAUGAAAUCGAAACCUUUCUGAACAAUAAAAGCAGAACUUGUUCUUAUCAUCUUUUUCUUUACUCCAGACUCUGCAGCAAACCUCAACUCUGCAAUUCAACCUCGAACCAUGGCUUUUAACCAGACACUGUUUUAUAAUCCGAUAAUUCCCUUCACAGGAGCAAUCCAAGGUGGUGUGCAGGUGGGGAAGACGAUCGCCAUCAGUGGACGAGUCCUGCCUGGAGCCAAAAGGUUCAAUGUGAAUUUACAGUGUGGCUCCAGGACCAAUGCAGACAUUGCUUUCCAUUUUAACCCCCGGUAUGACGGUGACUCUUGUGUGGUCGCCAACACCCUGCAACACGGCAACUGGGGCAACGAGGAGAGGAAGAGCAACUCCUUACUUCUUCCUGGCUCCACCUUCAACCUGCUCAUCACAGUCACCUAUGAUUCCUUCCUGGUGAAUAUCAACGGCUGCCACUUCAUGGACUACAGGCAUCGUAUUCCCUUUAACCAAGUGGACACCAUCUCUGUCGGCGGGACUGUUGAAAUUUCCUCCAUUGCUUGUCAGAACAAUAUGCCUGCCUUCCCAACUUAUCCAGCAUAUCCUCCUCAGCCUGUCUUCCCAACUUCUCCAGCAUAUCUUCCUCUUCUUGGAUUUCCACCACAGCCAGGAUUUCCCACUUAUGCUGUUCCAUACAGAACCUCCAUCAACGGUGGAUUCAGACCUGGGAGGUCCAUCACUAUCCAGGGAAAUAUUCCGUCCCACGCCACAAGGUUCCAUGUGAAUCUCAACGUCAAUGGUGGCAUCGCUCUGCAUUACAAUCCACGUUUCAAUGAGCACGCUGUGGUGCGGAACACUAAGCAGGGGGUGCACUGGAGCGGUGAGGAGCGUGGUGGAGGCAUGCCCUUCCACCUGGGACAGCCUUUCACGUUGACCAUUUCCUGUGAGAAUAGCUGCUUCAGGAUUCUGGUCAAUGGGAUACAGGCUCACACCUACAACCACCGCAUCACUCCACUCAGAAACAUUCACACUCUGGAGAUCGACGGUGACGUCACGCUGACCUCUGUGAUGGUGUAGAGAUCCACCACCUGUGGCUGUCACCUCAUAACCACCAAUACUUAUCACAUCUAUCAAUGAAUCCAUGCUGAUUGAUUUGACUGGAUGCUGCAUAUUUACGUCCAGUGCUUUCAUACCAAUAUAACAUAUAUAAUAAUUUCUAUAUAAUCAUAUGCCAUACUUUGUUUUUGGUUUUUUUUACAAAAAAAGGGAAAAUUCAUCAGGUUGGUGCUGUGUUAUGUUGUGUUAUUACUCUUAUCAGCCUGAACGCAGCUAAGGAAGUGGACCUGAGUGAGAUUUUAACCCUUGAACUCCUAACCCUCAAAAUGUGCGUCUGACCUUUUUUUUUUUUUAUUAAUAUCUGGCAAUUAUGUAUAACAUGCUGCAUGUUUAAAUACUGUUUUAGCAACUUAAAAUGAAGAAAAAAUAAGCUUUAUUCAGAAAAAACACAUGAACAACAUAGUUUGCGUGUUAAAUUUAAAUGUGAACAGUAU